ACGGGCCUCCGGGGUUCCCAGCCCUUGAGCAGGCGGGAGGGAGCGCCCCCUUAAGGAUUUCAGUUUUUUUGACUGUUCCAUGAAAGGAUGAUUGCUCACAAACAGAAAAAGACAAAGAAAAAACGUGUUUUGACAUCAGGCCAGCUCUCUGCUGAUGUGGCAGCUUCUGAAAUGGGGCUCAAGUCCAUAAAUUCCAACUCCAUUUUGGAUCCUGAUUACAUCAAGGAGCUGGUGAAUGACAUCAGGAAGUUCUCCCAUAUGUUACUGUAUUUGAAGGAAGCUAUUCUUUCAGACUGUUUUAAAGAAGUCAUUCAUAUACGUCUGGACGAACUUCUUCGUGUUUUAAAGUCUGUAAUGAGUAAACAUCAGAACCUCAAUUCUGUUGAUCUUCAAAAUGCUGCAGAAAUGCUUACUGCAAAACUAAAAGCUGUGAACUUCACAGAAGUAAAUGAAGAAAACAAAAAUGAUCUCUUCAGAGAAGUGUUUUCUUCCAUUGAAACCUUGGCCUUUACCUUUGGAAAUAUCUUGACAAACUUUCUCAUGGGAGAUGUAGGCAGUGAUUCAUUAUUGCGACUGCCUGUUUCUCAGGAGAGUAAGUCUUUUGAAAAUGUUUCUGUGGAAUCAGUGGACUCAUCUAAUGAAAAAGGAAGUUUUUCUCCUAUAGACUUAGACAGCAUGCUGUUAAAGAACACUGACUCUGUAGAACUGGCGUUGUCAUAUGCCAAAACAUGGUCAAAAUAUACCAAAAACAUAGUUUCAUGGGUUGAAAAGAAGCUGAACUUGGAAUUGGAGUCCACUAGAAAUAUUGUCAAGCUGGCAGAGGCAACUAGAACUAACAUUGGACUACAGGAGUUUAUGCCACUGCAGUCUUUAUUUACCAAUGCUCUUCUUAAUGAUAUUGAGAGCAGUCACCUUUUACAACAAACAAUUGCAGCUCUCCAAGCCAACAAAUUUGUGCAGCCUCUACUUGGGAGAAAAAAUGAAAUGGAGAAACAAAGGAAAGAAAUAAAAGAACUUUGGAAACAGGAGCAAAAUAAAAUGCUUGAAACAGAAACUGCUCUUAAAAAGGCAAAAUUGUUGUGCAUCCAACGUCAAGAUGAAUAUGAAAAAGCAAAAUCUUCCAUGUUUCGUGCAGAAGAGGAGCAUCUGUGCUCAACUGGUGGAUUGGUGAAAAAUCUCAACAAACAGCUAGAAAAAAAGCGAAGGCUGGAAGAGGAAGCUCUUCAGAAAGUAGAAGAAGCAAAUGAACUCUACAAAGUUUGUAUGACAAAUGUUGAAGAAAGACGAAAUGAUCUGGAAAAUACCAAAAGAGAAAUUUUAACACAACUCCGGAAACUUGUUUUCCAGUGUGAUCUUACCCUUAAAGCUGUGACAGUCAACCUCUUCCAGAUGCAACAACUGCAGGCUGCCUCGCUCGCAAACAAUUUGCAGUCUCUCUGUGAUACUGCCAAACUCUAUGACCCAGGCCAAGAGUACAGUGAGUUUGUCAAGGCCACAAAUUCAACUGAAGAAGAAAAAGUUGAUGGGAAUAUACAUAAACAGUUAACAAACAGCUCCCACGCUUCCGGAUACGGGCCUUCUGACUCUUUAGAGGACGUCGUGCGCCUGCCUUACAGUUCCAACAAGAUUGAAGAGGACAGAUGCUCGAACAGUGCGGACGUAACAGGUCCUUCUUUUAUCAGAUCAUGGACAUUCGGGAUGUUCAGUGACUCUGAGAGCACUGGCGGGAGCAGUGAAUCUAGGUCUCUGGAUUCCGAAUCUAUAAGUCCAGGAGACUUUCACCGAAAACUUCCACGAACUCCAUCCAGUGGAACCAUGUCUUCUGCAGACAUCUUACAAUUCUUAUAUACUAAUCUACUUCUGUUUAAAGGACCUAACUCCCUUGGAACAUUUAAGAAAACGUUGAUGUCAAAGGCAGCACUCACUCACAAGUUUCGCAAACUGAGGUCCCCUACAAAGUGCAGGGACUGUGAAAGCAUCGUGGUGUUCCAGGGUGUUGAAUGUGAAGAGUGUCUCCUUGUUUGUCACCGAAAGUGUUUGGAAAACUUAGUCAUCAUUUGUGGUCAUCAGAAACUUUUGGGAAAAGUACACUUAUUUGGAGCAGAAUUCACACAAGUUGCAAAAAGGGAACCAGAUGGCAUCCCUUUUAUACUUAAAAUAUGUGCCUCAGAGAUUGAAAAUAGAGCCUUGUGUCUACAGGGAAUUUAUCGUGUAUGUGGGAACAAAAUAAAAACUGAAAAACUGUGUCAAGCCUUGGAAAAUGGAAUGCACCUGGUAGACAUUUCAGAAUUUAGUUCGCAUGACAUCUGUGACGUCUUGAAAUUAUACCUUCGACAGCUCCCGGAACCAUUUAUUUUAUUCCGAUUGUAUAAGGAAUUUAUAGACCUUGCUGUAGAGAUCCUACGUGUAAAUGAAGAACAAGAGACAAGAAAGGACAACCUCGAGGACAAAAAAUGCCCAAGUACAUGUAUAGAAAUAAACCGAAUUCUUCUAAAAAGCAAGGACCUUCUAAGACAAUUGCCAGCAUCAAAUUUUAAUAGCCUUCAUUACCUCAUAGUCCAUCUUAAGCGAGUCGUCGAUCAUGCAGAAGAAAACAAAAUGAACUCCAGAAACUUGGGGGUGAUAUUUGGACCAAGUCUCGUGAGGCCGAGACCCACAGCUGCUCCCAUCAGCAUCUCGUCUCUGGCUGAGUACUCCAAUCAAGCGCGGCUGGUCGAGUUCCUCAUCACCUACUCACAGAAGAUCUUCGACGGCUCCCUGCGGCCGCAGGACGUAGCUGCGGGUGGUGCAGGUGGCACUGCACCUCAGGUUGAGCAAGGCCCUCUUCUGAAGCCUCUGUUGUCACCAGAAGAAAAAGAUCUGGAGCAUUCUAUGAAGUCACUCUUCUUUUCUUCAAAGGAAGAUAACAAUACUGCAGACAGUGAAAGCAGAAUUUUUGAAUCUGCUACAUCAUUUGAGGAAUCAGAACGAAGGCAAAAUGCGUUAGAAAAAUGUGAUGCAUGUCUCAUUGACAACAAAGUGCGUUUGCUUGUGGACCAAGAGCUUGAAUCAGCAUCACAGAAGGUGGACGACGUUUGUAAAACCUCCAGGCUGCUUCCUCUGAAAUCCCACAGGGAGACAAACGGUGUUGAGAGGCACACUCCACGGACCAAGGUCAGACCUGUAAGUUUGCCUGUCGACAGACUGCUGCUGCUUGCAAGCCCUGCUAACGAGAGGAGUGGCAGAAAUACGGGAAAUACAAAUUCAGACAAGUUUUGCAAGAAUCCUUCCUUUGAAGGAGUUAAUAGAAAAGACCCCCCAACUACUGUUUGCUCCAAAUCUGAUGGCUUGGAUCAGCAGACUCUACAAAAAGCUCGGGAGAAACAGUACGAACAGAAUGACCUGACUGCGAAGACCGCACUGAUGGCGCCCGGUGCAUUCCAGGAAAGAGGAGGGACGGCCAGCAGCAGCAGGCUGCGGGGGGACCACCCCGUCAGCAGCGCCCAGCCCAGCAAGCCAUACGCAGAACCCUUCAGGCCGGCACGGCAGGUGGCCGAGAGACGGUCCUCGGACUCAGGCCCUCCUGCUCCCGUCAGAGCACCCAGGACUCUGCAGCCCCAGCACUGGACGACGUUUUAUAAACCACAUGCUCCCACCGGUGGCGGGAGAGGGGACGAGGAGAAGUCUGUGACACCCUCCGCAGCCACGCCCCCGGGCACAGCUCCCGCCCCGCAGGAGCACGUGCUGAAACCAGAGCCAGACUCGGAGAGGCCGCCGGCGGGCCCCGCGCAGCCGCCGGGCGAGCCCAGGGACGCGGCCGAGGCGCGCGACGUGCCCGGCGCGCACCCCGCCUGCCCGAGACCGCGGCUGAAACGGAUGCAGCAGUUCGAAGACCUGGAAGAUGAAAUCCCGCAGUUUGUGUAGGGUUGUCAGAAUUCUGUGUUUCUUUUUCCGUUGCUUUGUGAUACUGUUGUGUUUGUUUUCUGGAAGAAAUUUUUGACAGGGCCCCUUUCGUACAGGAUUGCCAAAUCAUGGAUUUUGCCUCUUGUCCCGGUAGCAUGUGAUCCCGUGUUGGUUGUGUUGAACGGUGGAAAGCUUUGAUAGGGUCCCGUCUCUGCCUCGCUGGAAUUGUAUGUACUUUUGAAGUUGUGAAUAAAUAGACAGACUCGUGUUUUUUAAAGUUCAGUUCAUUUUCCCCGUAAAAUGGUCCAUUUAAGUGCAUCCCUAAUGCAGCUCUCAACUAAUAGGUGCAAUUGAGGGAAAUCAGCUUUAUUUUUUUGAAGUGAAACUAUGUGCUUAUUUAUAAAAGGAGUGUUUCUGAGUGCAAGUGCCUGAAAGAUCUCUGUUUGGUAUGAUUGUUUUUUUCACACAGUUUGUAGUGUAUCUUUGACCAUUUGUGCUUUUAGGGUAUGUAUGUAAACUUCCAUUUUUCAAUUUGCAAUUCACUUAACUUUUUAAUAUUCACAUAGUGGCCAAAAGGCUUACAAAUCUGCAUUAAUUACAUUUUAAUUAAUUGCCAGAUUUUACAUGUGGUAGUCAGUUGGAUUGUACAGGGAAAAUGCACUUAACCAUGUUUCUAAAUUGUGUAGUUCAGUCAUAUCUUAUUUGGCUUUAGAUAUUAUACAUUUAAUAGUUUUUCACCUCUUGGCUUUGUUCUGCAUAAGCUUUUGUUGUUCAACAGUUGUGAACCCUUUGGUGUUUAAUAUAAUAGUCCAAAAAUGUUUUAAAAUUCAGUACAUUUCCUCUUAAUAUUGCUUGGGUUUUUUUAAAAAAAACUUUUCCUUUUGUAUGAAAUGUUUUAUGUAUGAAUAAUUUUAUGUACUUUUUCUACCUGAAUUUAUAACCAUUGACAAUGUAUGUUUCAUCUGAAUCAUGCAAAGAUUUAUUUAAGUUGAUUCUAAGUAUAAUUCAAUAAGCCUCAUUGUUUGGAAUUUGCGAGGAGGUGUAGAUGAUUGGAUAUAUUUCAUAUACAAAAUUCCCAAUGUUUAGAACUAAUGCAGUUCUGUUCUUUUCUUGGUUUUGUCAUUUUGCCUAAAGUAGGAUAUAAAAGGGACAAGAAAUAGCCUUUUUGUAUGUGUGAAUUAUAUUUGUAACAAAUGCUUUUAUAUGACCAUGUUAUACUUGAUAAAAAUAUAUAUAUUAUAUAUAUUAA